AUGGCUGCAUUGGAGGCCGACGCGUCCGACGAGCUGCAGCUGGAUUUGACGCAGCUCGACAUUACCGGCGAUGACUUUGACUUUGACGACAACAUCGAAGACCACCUGCAGGAUGAAAUUGUGCAAGAAGCGCUGGAUCAAGGGCUUGACCUUCGCGCGCACGCCCGUCAGGUUGAGCGCGACCUUGACUCCACCAUUCGUGAAUCCAUUCAGGACUACCUCUCCGAAGCGCUCCGCAUGACAGAGUUGUACCAUCAGGUGCAGUCCUGUGACAACAUCCUGUCUUCCAUGGAAAACAUGCUGUGCGAGUUCCAGACCAACCUCGGUGACAUCAGCGGCGAGAUCCAGUCCUUGCAGGGGCAAUCUGUGGACAUGAGCAUUCGCCUCAAGAACCGUCGUCAGGUGCAGCAACCCUUGAGUGAGCUCAUCGGCCGCCUCGCCCUACCCUCGGACAUUAUCGAUUCCAUCAUGUCCCCGACCGUGGGGCCAGACUUUGAGGAGGCCGUGAAAGAAUUGCAUCGCAAGCUAGUGUUUGUGGAGGAGCGUGGUGGCAACUUGGCAGCCGUAGGCGACGUUCAAGGCGAUCUGGAGCAGCUGUCUCUUCAAGCCGCGGCCAAGAUUCGUGAACUUUUCAUGAACACGAUUAUGCGCGCUCGCAAGCCGGGCCGUGACCCCCAGCUCAUUCUCACCUUUUGGCGGGACAACGGUGGACCGACACAGAUGCCGCAAGAAACGCUGCUGAAGAACAAGGCCUGCUUUGAGUUUAUGCUCAAACACCAUCGUCCCACCGCCAAUGAGCUUCGUGCUGAAUACGUCAACACCAUGUCCAAGGUUCAUGCCUCGUAUGUCAAGGCAGACGUACAGCGCUUGCUCAAGAUGCAGAUCUCGGACAACAGCAGUCAAGACUUGCUGGGCGCCGAAGCGGGGACAAAACGCAGCGGCUUCUUUUCUAGCAAGCCAAGCACCAAAGCAAAGCAAACCACGUUCACGCUGGGCAGCCGUGCCAAAGUUCUCGAGCGCUUGGACGACACGAUUCUACUAUCACAAAACACCGAGGUGCAGGCCGACAAACAGCAACCUCUGGCCUAUGAAGACAUUUUCCGCUCCUACCAGUUGGCCAUGGCCGACAUUGGGGCGCGCGAAUUCCUCUUCUGCACCGAGUUUUUCAGCGUCAAAGAAGCCAAAGGCUACGAGUUUUUCAAAGAAGUUAUGGGCAAGGCCAUGGGAUUCAUUCUCAAGCAUCUGGAAACACACCUGGCUGCAAGUUUUGAUGCCAUUGGCAUUGCACUCUGCGCGCGCAUCAACACACAUUAUCGGCAUUAUGUCUCUGACAAGGGAGUGAAAGCGCUCAAGUCUUAUUUUGACACAACGGAAAAGCUUCUAUGGACAAAUUUUGAGCGCAUCAUCAAAGCGCACUUGGAGAGCGUUCUUACCGUGGACCCCAGCCGGCUUCGGGACAUUGACACGCGCCCACACUACAUUGUGCGGCGCUACGCCGAAUUCAGCGGUGCCAUGAUCCAACUCAAGCAGGGUCACGAAUUCCCUGUUCUGGACAAGUGUUUGAAACAGCUGCAGCAUGAAGUGAUGAACUUGAUCUUGCGCAUUGCCGCAGAGUUUACCGAUCGGAAGGACCAGCUCGUUUUCCUCAUCAACAACUACGACAUGAUGCUCUCAGUCUACUCUGGGGUGACCACACAGGCGUCGCAGGAAGCGGCAGACACCCAGGCUGCCCUGCAGGCACGGAUACAAGAGUAUGCGCUGGUAGAGUUGAGCCCCGGGUUCGGUGGCCUCAUUGGCUUCGUAAAGCAGGCUGAGGCCUCUUUGGCAACGGGGCGAGCCGAAGCCUUGGCGCAAAACACGGGCAAGAUUCAGGGCCUCAUUGAUUCCUUUGCGAGCAACUGGCGGGACCACAUCAACACUAUCAAUGGCGGAGUGAUGCGCUCUUUCACCAACUUUGAGAACGGUACUGCCAUCCUGCAGGAGGCCCUCACACAGCUCGUCGUCUACUAUGAGAAAUUCACGGCCAUUCUGAAAAAGGCGCCCUUUGCUCAGGCCAGCUCGUGGAAGAAUCUGGUGGAUCGCCACCAGCUCAUGGUAGAGGUCAAGAAGCACAAGACCACUUUUUAAGUCGAGCCUGUUGCUGAAGCGGCUGUUUGACUAGUCUGGACGGUGGCUCAGGAACCAGAUCUUGAUGAAUUGGUAAAAUUUAAUUUUGUGUGGUG